AUGGCUUCUCUCCCCGUCUUCCUGUCCUUCCCCCCGUCCUCGCUGCUGCGCGUCCCUCCUGAGGGUGCCGACACUUCCGGCUUUGUUCCUCCGCCGCCAGCAGGCAGCACGCCUUCGGCCCCUCCGUUCGACAUUCCCGAUCACAUCUACUACGCUGCUCUGGACUUCCGCGUGCCCAUCACCAUCGCGACCAUCUACGCCGUUACCGCUAAGCUUCUGAACGCCUACAACAAGGCGAACGGCAAGAAGCCGUGGGCUAUCAGCAAGACCUUCUUCUUCCACGUUUUCGUCAUUCUCCACAAUGUCUUCCUGGCCGUCUACUCUGCCUGGACCUGGUGGGGCAUGUUUAACACUCUUCGUCGCACCGUCGUGAGCCCUCUCGGCCCCACGGGCGUUGCUGGCCUCGUCGACUCUAUCUGCGGCAUCAACGGUCCGGCCGGCCUCGGCAACGCCGCCUUCUUCGACCCAAAGACCAAGACCUGGCAGUCGUAUGCUGCUGACGCCUCUGCCGUCUUUGGCCCGGAUGGCCGUCCCAGCCGCUUCGCUACCGGCCGUCUGUGGAACGAGGGUCUGGCCUUCUACGGCUGGCUCUUCUACCUGAGCAAGUUCUACGAGGUCUUUGACACUCUCAUCAUCCUCGCAAAGGGCAAGCUCAGCUCGACUCUGCAGACCUACCACCACGCUGGUGCCAUGCUGUGCAUGUGGGCGGGCAUCCGCUUCAUGUCUGUACCUAUCUGGAUCUUCGUCUUCUUUAACUCGCUCAUCCACGCCAUUAUGUAUACUUACUACACGGCCACGGCUCUUCACAUUCGGGUGCCCAUGUUCAUCAAGCGCUCUUUGACCUCCAUGCAGAUUACCCAAUUCCUCGUGGGCGGUUCCCUUGCCAUGGCUCACUCCUUCGUCCACUACACCAUCCCUGUUAUUGCCGGCUCCAAGACCGACUCUGCCUCUGGCGCCGCUGCCUCAGCCGCUGCGGGCUCCGAGUCCGGACGCCUGAUCGCCGUCAACCUUCGCGACGAUGGCUUUCAGGGCGAGUACACGAGCCAGGACAUGCCGUGCAUCACCAACAACGGUGCUACGGUCGCUGUCUGGCUCAACGUCUUCUACCUUGCCCCUCUUACCUACCUGUUUGUCGCUUUCUUCAUUGAGAGCUAUCUGCGCCGCUCAAAUGCUGCUGCCAGCGCCCAGGCUGCUGCUCGUCGCACCGGUGGUGUCGAUGCUCGUCGCUUGAGUAACGUCCAGCUCGCUGAGAAGGCUGGCUGGGAGGCGGCAAAGAACAUUGAGCGCGAGGUAUAUGGCGAGAACACUGAGGAGGCUGUUGUCUCUGAGAAGAGCAGCAAGAAGGCUAACGGCAAGGGCCGUGUCCUGCGCAACCGUUACUAA